AUGGCCACGCUCUUUCACUUCAUUGAGUUUCUCGUUGUUUCCCUGUUUUCGACGAUGUUCUUCUUUCUUGUGUCUUCCCCGUAUUACACAACCCUUCGUUAUACAUACAACGACUUAGUCAAUGGUACACAUAAAACGCAAUAUCGCAACAAACACAUCGAUGUGAACACCUUUAAUUAUUCUGGUGUCUGUGGUAAAGUCUUUACAAGUCCGCCAAAUGGUCCCGACGACUAUAUCAUUUCGUCUUACGAUAUGAUGAUGCAGUGUGUUAAAAAGCAGAUGUGGGAGACAUUAAGCAUGGCUCGCACUGCAAUGCCACGAGCACAGAUGGUACUUCUCUUGUUUCACUUUCCACCCAUCUGGUGUAUAGGUGACAUGGAGAGAUUCAAGCAACUCAAUAUAACGACUAUUAAAGUCCAGAGACGAAUUCUUGAGCAAUCUGUUGCUAUUCGAUAUGUCAUCUUCCACAAGUACAUUACAGAGAACGUCAAUAAAAUCAAUCGAAUCAUUCUCAUGGACCCCCGUGAUGUCGUUUUCUUCGAAGAUUUCUUUAGAACGUUUUCUACUGAUGACGUGGGGUGGUUAGCAGAGUGCACCGGUUCGAUUAAUAAAAACGAGUGUUAUAGUCCAGCAACCUACCGACCACACGCUGAGUGGUUGAAUGAUUACUUUUCUAAAGAAAUUAGAGACGACUUUGUGAAGAGGAGAUUGCCAUCUAUUAAUGGAGGAUUUGGGUAUGGCGGCGCACACAAAAUUAAACAAGUUCUUGACAUUUAUAUAGAGAAUAUGAACCCUAAAUAUAUGGUCUGGGGGUAUGACCAAGCACUUCUAAAUGUGUUGUAUUAUCAUGGAAAGUUUAAUUCAACUGGAUUGAAGUUAGUAAAGUGCGAACAGAAAUUGUGUUAUAUAGGGAGAAGUUCAUUCAAACUCAUCGAGAAAAAGGUGGUGUAUGUCGACAAAGAUAACUUGGGGUGCUCUCCAGUCGCAUCACACAAAUUCGAACUUUAUUAUGACGAGCGUUGGAGAAUAAAAUAA